CGAUGUGUCACACUUUUAUCAAAUAUGUUUUAUAUUUCCUUCAGUCAACGCUAUAGCGUGAUAACGAGCGCCAUUUUCAGUGUUUUCAAGGAAAAUAUUUGUGGAAAAUUAUAUUUUAUAAGGUAAAAUGGGGCUAGAAGCACACACGUACCCACCACAGAACCCACCACCAUAUCCGGGUCCGCCAAACCCGGACCCAAUCAUGAAUCAGCCCCAAGGUUUCCCCCUGCAGGGAGCACCCGCAGCAAUGGGACCAACCAUUAUUGUCACCCAAGUUAUGGGUUCUGAGGCUGCUUCUAUGAUUUGCAGAUCAUGUGGUGUUCAAAUAACGACAAGAGUUGAAAGAAUGCCUUCAAUGAGGACGCAUUUAUUUGCGAUUUUACUUUGUUUAGUUGGUUGCUGGCCGUGUUCUUGUCUACCAUACUGCGUAGACACAUGCAACAAUGCUGAUCACUACUGCUCUAACUGCAACGCGUAUAUUGGCUCAUACCAUGGAGUAUAAAUUUAAUGAAACACCUCGCUCUUCGUUCCAGAACAUGUUAUAGAAUACUUGUAUUGAAGUAUUUCAAAGUAAUGUGA